UGGCGCGACUGUUUUGAUUUAAUUUGAAAUGAAUCGUCAAAUUUCGAAUAAUGGCCAGUUUUGGGUCUUAGAAUGUUGCUGUUCCUGUUUUAUUUUAAUUCAAAUGUCGCCCAAGUGAGUUGAAAAGUUAUUUUUUCGUAAUAUUCAACCUCAAACUGACAACAAACGGGUUUUUUGCGUGUUAUGUUGGCACGAUUGUUAUGGUUUAAAUUUGAAUGAAACGUCAAAUUCGAAUAACGGUCCGUUUCGCAAUCAGGUUUUAAAACACUGUUAUUUCCUUUAAUAAUAAGAAAUGCCGCCAAGUGAGUUAUUAAAAUCGGCCCGCGGUGACCGCCCAACAGGUUACACGUGUCGGCGCCGCUUGCAAAGCAACUUCGAAGAGUGUGACAAAAACGAGACCAAACCAGUCGAUAGGAGCGUUUUAUCGGUUUUAUCAUUUAACGAAAACACGCGAAAAAUUUUCCGAAACAGUGCGGAGAGAUUCAGUAAGACUUUGAACACAGUUAGGACCACUUUUGGGUCCAUUACACAGAAAUUUAGAGUUUCAACGAGGAGACGGCAGAUUUUGGAAGAGGGGCCCAUGACCCCCAAUUGCGACACUCCGUACACGUUUUCCAAGCAGGUGUUGGGGCGCACACCGACGAAACUGUACAGCCCCUUCGGCAUUGAGACGCCCAGUGCUGCGGCCGAUAAGGAGAACAGGGGGGCGUAAAUUUAUUCACAUUAUUGAUUAAUGUAUUUAUUUAUUUGUAUUAGGCUAAAUUAAUAAAACUAAGAAAG